AUGAGGGUUUCGCACAGAAGCUCUGGAUACAAAUUGGAUACCCCAAUAGAGGCGGACCUACCCAAGGCCAACAAGCUUCUUGCAAUGCUGCCCGAUCCCGAUGAUAAUGUCCAAUCAUCAAAGGAUAACGAAGUGCCAUUGAAAGAUAUUUCUCGGUCGUCAUCUCGGCCGCGAAGCUCAAGAGGUGGCUCCACACCAGUUCCUAUAUCCCCAACCACAAAACCACGAUUAUGGUCCUCCGACAUUCGCAAAGGCGAUGCAGUUUCAUCUGCCCAAGGCGCAUCAACAUGGAGCGCUAGUUCAGAUAAGCAGCUUAGUAGCCCGGCAUUUACUAUUCAUGAUCGAGUAUUCCCAAUACGAAGCGUCGUGUCUGUCGAUCCUACACAGACUUCACACUCAAUCUCAGCUAGAGGCUCCGCUUCAACUGAAAAGAAUGAUUAUUUUACACGUCUCCCUAGUGCGGUGAGCAAAGAUGGACGUGAGAGUAGUGGGCAAUAUUCAGAUUCGGAUGGAAGGUCAACCCCCCGCCAAAAAGGUCAGGCAGAAUCUGGCGCGGACGUGAGACAAGCAGAUCACCAAGGCAAUCGCAUACAAUCAUUCCUCGACGAUACAUCCGAUAGAUCUGUCAAUACACGUGGUUCCAGCGCAAAGGGUACAGGAGAUGGAUCAUCGAUCGCCAAUGUGUCGAUUUCCGAGGAUGAUGAGGUUGGCGGGCUAGUGACAGCUAGAUUUAAGCACAUCGUGACUGCAGAAGGUCAUGCCAUUAUCACUGGUCGGGAUGGAGAUGUGUUGCAAACAUGCGAGGAUGAACCGAUCCAUAUUCCUGGAGCUAUACAAGGCUUCGGCUUACUUGUUGCAUUAUCAGAGCACGAAGAUAACCAGCUUUUGGUUCGUGUUGUCAGUGAGAAUUCCCAACGCUUGAUUGGAUAUACGCCUCAAGAGCUUUUUCGACUCGAUAGUUUUCUAGACAUAUUAAGUGAGGACCAGCAGGAAAACCUCCUUGAUCACAUUGACUUUAUUCGCGACGACGAAGCAGAUCCUGCAUCAAACGGCCCGGAAGUUUUCACUGUCUCGAUCCGUCACCCCAGAACUCGCAAAUCUAGAAAGCUAUGGGUAGCUAUGCAUAUAAACCCCGUCCAGCCAGGAGUGAUCAUCUGCGAGUUUGAACUUGACGAUGAUCAGACGCACCCUCUCGUGCCCGAGGAGGAAAACUCGCCGGAGCCUCCAGAGGAUACGUUGAACAGCAACCCAACAAAAGAGGAAUUUGAUGAGAGUACGGUCAAUAGCAGCAAGCCACUUAGGGUACUGAGAAAUGCUCGCAAGCGUAAGGGCGAGGCUGCCGCUAUGGAAGUCUUCAACAUUAUGUCCCAAGUACAAGAACAGCUUGCCACUGCGCCAAAUUUAGAGCUUUUUCUCAAAAUUCUUGUAGGCGUGAUCAAAGAAUUGACGGGUUUUCAUCGAGUCAUGAUAUAUCAAUUUGAUUCUUCAUACAACGGCCGAGUGGUCACAGAACUCGUUGAUCCUCGAGCAACUAAGGACCUCUAUAAAGGACUCAAUUUCCCAGCAUCAGACAUCCCUAAGCAAGCUCGAGAGUUAUACAAAAUUAACAAAGUCCGACUUCUUUAUGACAGGGAUUUAGAAACGGCACGACUCGUUUGCCGCGGCAUCGAGGAGCUUGAAAACCCUCUUGAUCUAUCAUAUGCUUAUCUUCGAGCCAUGUCACCUAUCCACGUCAAAUAUCUGACGAAUAUGGCAGUGCGAUCCUCGAUGUCUAUUUCUAUAAAUGCUUUUGGAGAAUUGUGGGGCUUGAUUGCUUGCCACGGGUAUGGUACGAAAGGCAUGCGAGUGUCUUUCCCUAUUCGAAAGAUGUGCCGGCUGGUCGGUGAUACGGCAUCAAGAAAUAUUGAGAGAUUAUCAUACGCUUCACGACUGCAAGCCCGCAAGCUUAUCAACACUGCUCCGACAGAAGCUAACCCUUCCGGUUACAUCAUAGCAUCAUCUGACGACCUUUUAAAAUUAUUCGAUGCAGAUUUUGGUCUCCUUUCAAUUAGAGGAGAGACGAAAAUAUUGGGGAAGGUCGACCAAUCUCAUGAGGCACUUGCCAUGCUGGAAUAUAUGCGAAUGCGUAAAAUCAAAUCUGUGAUCACAUCCCAGGACAUCAGACAAGAUUUCCCCGAUCUUAAAUAUCCUCCAGGCUUCAACGUUAUUGCUGGCUUACUUUUAGUACCAUUAAGCUCAGACGGGGAUGACUUUAUCGUCUUUUUCCGUGGCGGACAAGUCAGAAACGUCAAAUGGGCUGGCAAUCCAUAUGAGAAAUUUAUCAAAGAAGGAACCGAGGGCUAUUUGGAGCCCAGAAAAAGUUUCAAGACAUGGAAUGAAAUUGUAGUUGGCAAAUGCCGCGACUGGACGGAGGAACAAGUCGAGACCGCUGCCGUGCUCUGCCUUGUUUAUGGAAAGUUCAUCGAGGUCUGGCGUCAAAAAGAAGCCGCAGUGCAGAACAGUCAGCUUACACGAAUACUAUUGGCAAAUUCGGCUCAUGAAGUCAGAACUCCCCUGAAUGCUAUCAUCAACUACCUCGAGAUUGCCCUCGAGGGUACAUUGGACCAAGAGACACGAGAAAACUUGGCCAAAUCCCACUCCGCUUCUAAGUCAUUAAUUUAUGUUAUCAAUGAUUUGUUGGAUCUAACAAAAACCGAGGAAGGUAUGGAUCUAGUUAGAGACGAAAUCUUUGAUCUCCCUGCUGCAAUACGAGAAGCUACCGACUUGUUUAAUGGUGAUAUUAAGCGUAAGGGUAUUGAAUAUACCGUGAUUGAACACCCUGGCGUUCCACGAUUUGUGCAUGGCGACCAAAAACGCGUCAGACAAGCAGUUGCUAAUAUCACGGCAAAUGCUGUGCAGCACACGUCAAGUGGCUUUGUCCAUGUUGACAUCUGGUUGCGAGAAAUCAUCGAGAACAAAGUCAACAUUGAAAUUAUAGUUGAAGAUUCGGGAGCCGGCAUGUCGAACCAAAAGCUUGAUACAAUUUUCCGAGAUCUUGAGCAAGUUGAUGGCGAUCACUUGCUUGAAGAUGUGGAGGGUGGCGAGAAAGUCCUUGUUUCUGGGAAUCGUACUAUAGGUCUUGGUCUGGCAAUGGUAGCCAGAGUUGUCAGAAAUAUGGACGGCCAGCUGCGAUUGAAGUCGGAGAUAGGCAAAGGAUCACGGUUCGUCAUUCAAUUACCUUUUUUGCUUCCUGGUGAUGAUCCACAAACUUCUGGGAAUCAAGAAAGGGAAGUUUUCGGCAACAUACCUUCUAUAUCAUCUCCGAGUGCGAUGCCACCCCCUCCCGCAGAUAUCGCUGGCGACGUGACCCUUGCUGAUAAAGCAAACACUAUCCGAUCAAACGCCGAAUCUUCGCUUACUCGCAAGCCGAGUCUAGAAGGGAUUGCAAGUUUACACAGCUUCAAAAGUUCUACCAGCAGCAAAGUUAGCGGUAAAAGUCAUGUGGAUCGAUUAAUUGAUGCUAUUUCUGGCCCGAUCGGCAAUCCACAAGGAGAACAUUUGAACCGUGUCAACAACAGUGAUCGACAUAGUGUCAGCAGUGUGCCGAUGCCCCCUUCAACUUCAGGCCGACCUACAAAGCUAAAACGCUCAGCAUCAUACACUUCCCCUAAUAAUCUAAGAGUAGAGUCCUCAACCGCGGGAUUCGAGACCAUUGCCGGUAGCAAAACACCAGUGAAAGCGGUUAGGAUGCCGGAUGAGUUUUCGGAAACUACAGAUGACUCAUAUCCUCCUCCAGUUGCAGCAAAGGUAAAAACCAAUUUUCAGGUCCCAACACUUUUGCAAGGUGGACCGCGUGAAGAUGCACCUGCACCAGAGUCAAGAUCUCUCGAUACAAAGCACCUGAAGGUUUUAGUUGCUGAAGAUGAUCCUGUUAAUAGUCGCAUUAUCAAUAAGAGACUGGACAAGGGUGGUCACGAAGUCUAUCACACCAUUAAUGGGGAAGAGUGUGCAAGUGUCUAUAGAGACAACGUCAAUGACUCGCCCGAGUCCGCCAUAACAUCAUCAGCACCGAGCACACGCUAUGAUGUAGUACUUAUGGAUAUGCAAAUGCCGAUAGUUGAUGGACUUACUUCAACAAAGAUGAUCCGAUCUUUCGAAAAGACCCACCUCAAUCUUUCUCCACGAGCGAAGCUCAAUGGAAGAGUGCCUAUAUUUGCCGUAUCGGCUUCUCUUCUCGAACGUGAACGACAGAUAUAUAUCGAUGCUGGCUUCGAUGGCUGGAUAUUGAAGCCCAUAGACUUCAAACGUCUCAACGUACUGCUCGAAGGGAUCGUUGAUAGCAAUGUUCGAGAAUCGUGCUUGUACCAACCCGGAGGAUGGGAACGUGGAGGUUGGUUUCGCAAAAUGCAACCUUCAGUAUUCCAAUCCUCAACAGCACCAUCCAAUGAAACGCCAGUUCAGAAUCCUCCUCAAAAGGGUGCAGGAGCGCUCCAACCUGACAAGGAUUUAGUCGACAGUGGCACAGGUUCUUCAACACCCAGGGAUGACAAAAGGCGACCACUAAUAUAUGAUGAGAGGCUCAAUGCUAUGAGCGAAGCGAUCAAUGGUACGAACAAGGUUGGCUCGGGAUCCCACAGUGACCUACCGACAGAUGUCAGUAAUGAAGAAGACACACCAACUACCGAACAACCCCUUAUGGAUGAUGCUGAUAAAAGCACUGGACCUGGCACUGCGACUACUGCAGCAAACAAUUUGAUAAAUUUUGAACCGACUGCUGAAAUAAAAUUUGAAGCGGACGCCUCAAAUACUGCGGAUCAACCAGCUGAUUCUAAGGUUGUUGACGACUCAGCAGUAGAAACUACCAAUGUUACCGAAAUACAUGAGUCGACGGUUUAA